AUGGGCCCCAGGCUUCUCCUGCUGCUGCUCCUGGGACGAGCAGGUCAAGGCUCCGAGGGCAGCCUCCCAGAGGUACUGCAGGUGCCCGUGGGGGGCUCCAUUCUGGUGCAGUGUCACUACCGGCUCCAGGAUGUCAGAGCCCGGAAGGUGUGGUGCCGGUUCUCACCUGAGGGGUGCCAGCCCCUGGUGUCCUCAGGGGUGGAUCGCUCAGCCACAGGAGACAGGCACAUGUUUCUCACSGACCUGGGAGGGGGUCUGCUGCAGGUGGAAAUGGUCACCCUGCAGGAGGAGGAUGCAGGGCAGUACGGCUGCAUGGUGGAGGGAGCUUUGGGUCCCCAGAUGUUGCACCGGGUCUCUCUGGAGGUGCUCCCCUCGGAGGAGGAGGAGGAGACCCAUAAGCAUGGCAGUCUGGCUGAGGACCCCUCCUUGGACCCUGCAGGCAGUGCCAGCCCCUGGGAGCCCAGCCAGCAGAAGAGCAUCCCCUUGAUCUGGUGUGCUGUGUCCCUUCUGGGCCUUCUGGUGGCAGCUGUGGUGCUGUUUGCUGUCAUGACCAAAAAGAGAGGGAACAGGCCUGAUGUCUGUGACCAGUUCCCAAGCCAGAGAGUUGCAGGCACGGGCCCCUCCUUAGUAGUCCACCACAUCCAUGAUUCUGGACCUGCUGCUGGAUUGCCUUUGGAUGCACCAUGUGCUCGGAUUGACUCAUCACUUUCCUUCGACAAUGCCGCCUAUGCCAGCCUCCCUCUUGAUUGCCCACCCGGGAAACCUCCAUCCCCAUCCUCACCUCCUCUGCCUCCUAAGGUUCUAAGUCCUCCAAAUCUGUGA